GUGUUUGUGGCUUGCUCGCUGGCAGGCUGGGGGAGGGGGCAGUCGGGUGUAGGGUGGGUGCAUGGUGCCAGACUGAGUGCAGCUAUGUGGUGUGCUGUUGUUCAUUUGCGAAUGCUUGUGUAGGGGAGAGUCCUUGUGAAGUGACUGUUUUGUGUCUGCGUGUAGGGUGGACCUAUAUCUUUUUAGAGUUGCGUUGGACAGAAAAGAUUGGUUCUCAAGAAAAAGAGAAAGCUGCCUUGAGGGCUUUGUCAGUGUAGCAUUGUGUCUCCCUUCACCCAGUUAACAGCCAUCUUUCCUCAAGGAGGCCUGCAUCUCCUUUACCUUGUGAUGUAUUGAUGGAAGAGUGUGGAGGAGUUUGAAAUUGUGGCAGCAUGGAGACAGCAAGACUGGGAGGCUAAAUUUGUCCUGUGAUUGUCUGUGGACAAGUGAACAAACAACCAGAGCAUUUCUACUGGACUGGCCACUGCACCCUCAUCGUCUGCCACAGUCAGUUAUCAUGUUUGUCAACCACUAUGAGCCCUUUGACAGUGGCACGACUGUGACAUCGGUGUGGACUCUGGACACGGCAGCAGGCUGUCGGAACUUGGAUGACAUGUCCUCCAAUGCCAAGUUCCCUAACAGCAUGGCUUCUGCUAUCUCUCUUGGGCAAGGAGUACCAGUGACCUCUGACCUUUCUGCAACUCCACCAUCUUUGUUGACUUCCCAGCAGGUGACUACAAUGGUCAGCCUCCCACAGAACUUCUGCUUCACCUCACAGCCCACUCAAGUGUCAGCUACAAGCCAGCCUCACUCAGGUCUCAGCGUCACGCUUGGCUUUCCCAUGGCCACAGCACUUAACAGCAGCACGAUACCUCAGCAGUUUGUGCAGUCACUGUCCAUGGGGCAGCAGCCGGCAAUCUGUGCCUCUCUGCCACAGAGCAUAAGUUUUCCAUUGAACCAGGCUCUUUUUACAGUUCCAAAUCCAGCUGGGACCUCAACCGGUCAGUUUCUGUCUACUACCUUCAAUCAGUUCCCUGGCCUAUCUUCGCUCAUCAUGGGUGGCCAGCAGUCUGUCAUCCCAGGGGCUCUGAUGGCCACUUCGACAGCAGGUCCCACACAGAUCCAGACAUUGGGGCCGCUUGGAGCCCAGUCCUUGUCAUUCCCAGUCAGCUCUGGUCCAGUAGUAACUGAGCUGCCCCCAGACCCUCCACAGCCUCAGCAGCAGCAACUGCAGCUGCAGCACCCACAGCAGCAGGAACAGCAGCAGAUGCAGCUUCACCAGGCACCCGGGCAGCAGAUGCAUUUGAUUCAGCAGCCACAACAGCAGGUACAUCAGCAUUCCCAUUAUCAGACCCCAACACAGCAGUUGGCUUUGCUGCAGCAGCAACUAAAGGUGGUUCAGCAACAACAGCAGCAACACCACCAACAACAGCAAGAGAAGAUGUGUCAGCAAAUGGCUAAGCUGCAGCAGCAGCAUCAGCAGCAGCAGCAGCAGCAGCAGCAGCAGCAGCUUCAGCAGCAGCAGCAGCAGCACCAGCCAGUACAGCAGAACCUGAAGGAUGUAGAAAAGCAGGAGGUAACCAAUGAAGAAGCAUUUACGCGUGCAGCCAGCUGUGUGGAGGCAGACUCUGCUGUCAUGGAUGUGUCUGAAACAAGGUCUCCGUUGGCUCAUUGUGCAUCAGCUGCUAAAGAGGAGGCAGUAUCCGAGUCAACAGAUAUCACGGAAACAGAGGCUUCUGUCCUACAACAGGAGACAGCCUCUGAAGUCAAGCAAGAAGCAUUACUGGACAGAAUGGUACAAUCUCCUACAUCACCACCCUUACUAGACAGAAAUGAAUGCAGCAGUAGCCCAAUCAAGAUGCAGGGCAGCAUGGUGGUUAAAGAGGAAUCCUCCUCCUUGGUGGAGAUGGAGGAUGAAAAGCAAGAAGAGACAGGAAAAGAGAUGGAGCUGCUGGGCGAACUCAAGCAAGAAGCUGUAGAGGAUGAGGAGGAAGAGGAGAUGCCUCUUCCAGACAGCACACCGACUGUUGAUGACAUGGAGCACGGUUAUGAGCAGCGGCUGAGCCCUUCUCCCAUGGCAAGCCUUCAACUGACUCGGGCAGACACUACAACUACCACUAGUGUGGCUGCUGCUCAUGUGUCUUCUCUGCUGACAGAAGAUGAAGACAUGGAAAUGAAGCUGCUGGGAAUGCAAGAUUGUAAUCCUGAUGGUGUUCACGUUGAAUAUGAUGAGUCAGAAUUUGUUUGGGAAGAGUACCUUCAGGAGACUGGGGCUUCAGCUGUUCCUCCAACUGCUUUCAAACAUGUUGAAUGCAGUUUAGAAAGCGGCUUUGUCAAGGGCAUGAGAGUUGAGGUGGCCAACAAAUCAGCACCGGGCACAUACUGGGUAGCAUCAAUUAUCAUGACAUGUGGCCCUCUUCUUCGUCUUCGCUAUGAAGGGUAUGAGGAGGAUGGAUCUGCAGACUUCUGGAGUGACCUAUCUGCAUGUGAGAUCCACCCCAUUGGAUGGUGCACUGAAAAUGGACAGGUGUUGCAGCCUCCAGAAGCUCUGAAGGAAAAGCAUGAAGAUUGGCCAGCUGUGCUGAGGGAGUCUUUGAAGAGUGCCCGAACUGUUCCCAGCUAUCUGCUAGAUAUUACUACCGGAACCACACCUGUUGACCAGCUGAAGCAGGGAAUGAGGCUGGAGCUGCAGGAUAGCCACAAACCCAGCCAAGUGUGGUUAGCCCGCAUCAUUGAGAAUGUGGGUGGACGGCUGUACCUGAGGGUGGAAGGAAUGGACAGUGGCAUUGCUGACUUUUGGGCAUUUUACCUCAAUGAAAAUCUUCAUCCUAUUGGCUGGGGCAAGCAGAUGGGGUAUUUUUAUCAUCCUCCACAAGUGCUUUUAAAGCAGGGUCUCUCAGAGGAAGAGAUUAAGCACAUUCUGGAGUCGGCUUUACGAGAAGCCAACGACCAGCAACUUCCUGCAGAUAUUUUUAAAGAUCAAGAAGAGAUUGUACAGCACACAUUCCAGUGUGGGAUGAAGCUAGAAGCUGUCAAUCCCAACAGCCGCAACCAAAUCUGCCCGGCAACGGUAGUAGAGGUGAUCGACAGUCGCUACUUUGUAGUAGAGAUUGAUGACCUGCAGGAAACUGAUGCUGCAAAACGCAUUCAUUUUUGUGGGCAUUCUCGCACACCUACCAUCUUCCCUAUCCAGUGGACAAUAUACAAAGGCAUCAAGCUUACCCCACCCCCAGGUUGGUGUAGAACAGAUUUCAGCUGGACAGAGUACCUGGCACAUUGCAGAGCGAUGGCUGCACCUGAAACGUGCUUUGACUUGCGAACAGAGGAGCAUGAAUUUGAACGUGGGAUGAAGUUAGAAGCAGUCAACCCUCACAAUCCCAACCAGAUCUGUGCUGCCACUAUCACUAAAAUUGUUGACCACCUCAUGUGGGUCCAUCUUGACAGCUCCACACGAAUUGUGGCCUCACAUGUGGAGCAUAUUUCUUCACACAACCUUUUCCCUGUUGGUUGGUGUGAAAGCAAUGGGUAUCAGCUUCGACCCCCACGCAAAACAGGAAUUCGACCAGGAAUGGGCUCACCAUGCAAAAGAGUAGCUGUGGUACAACCAGAAAUGGCUGAUGGCCUGCCUGGAAAAGAGGAGGAGAAUGAGGGUCGCACCUACUGUCCCAAAAUAUACUUCAACCACCGAUGUUUUUCGGGUCCCUACCUGAGCAAAGGCCGAAUUGCCGAGUUGCCACAGAGUGUGGGGCCUGGGCCCUUGCAGCUGGUGAUGAAGGAGGUGCUGACUAUGUUGAUCAGUGUGGCCUACAAAUCAUGCCGAGUCCUGAGAGAGAUACAGCUGGAUGGGCCACCAAACCCUGCCAUGCAUCAACAGAUCCUGCGGGCCAAAUAUAAAAGCAAAAGCUACUGUGCUGUGGUGGAGAUCUGCCGAACAACUGCCCAGCUAGAAGAUUUUUGUCGCCAGGUGUGCAUCAAGCUGGAAUGCUGUCCAAACUUGAUUUCACCGCAUUUUGUGGGCAGCAAUUGUCCAGAAAACUGCUCCCAGCUCACCAAAACAAAAUACACCUAUUACUAUGGGAAGAAGAAACGAAAGAUUGGUAGACCUCCUGGGGGUCAUACCAACUUAGAAAAUGGCCCCAAAAAGGCUACAAAGCGCAGGAAAAGGCGGCGUAUUGGUCAGCUGGUGCCACGCAAGUCCCACUCCAUACAUGAUGAAGAGGAGGAGGAGGAUGAGGGGAUGGAAGAGGACAAAGCAAGCAUUGCCAGUGACACCCACACUGUCGACAGCAGCAGCACAGGUGCCUCCCGUGAUGACUUCAACCCCGAUACCACAGUUGCAACAGGCAAGACAGCCAUGUCGAAGCGGCUGAAGCGCAAGUACACUCAUCACAUCCCACCACCAUCAGAAAUUCGAACCCGUGGGGCCAAACUUCCUCGCUACAGUUUUGAGCGGCGCACUCAUAAGAAAAUACUCCUAUCCCAGCCAUCCCAGAGCAUCUCAGGGCUCCGAAGUAAAUCCUUGCAAUUCCACCAGCCUUCUAUGACAAGUAGUCCGCCAGCAUCAGAAACAAGCAUAUCCCGCCCACGAGCAGCCACACCUCUUCUUCUGGACAAGAAUCCACUUCAGUGGACCGUCAGCGACACAGUGGAAUUUAUUCAAACCACUGACUGCAGCCAUGUGGCUAAGGUCUUCCGAGAACAGGAAAUUGAUGGGCAGGCACUGUUGCUACUGACUCUUCCGACAGUACAGGAGCACUUGGAGCUGAAGCUGGGUCCUGCCAUCAAGCUGUGUCAUCAAAUAGAGCGUGUCAAGCGAGCAUUUUACGAACAGUAUGCUACCAGCCAGCCAAGGUCCCACCGCUGAGCAGUGUAUUUUCAGGAAUACCCAUCCUUAUGAGCUUUUGGUACUCAGAAAAGAAUGCUGCUUAUGGCUAUAUUUAUGGCAGCAGGAAAAAUGCCGAGGUGAUGCUUGAAGUGGGUGCUCUGACUAAAGGGAGAAUUCAGAGACGGCAUCUCUUACCAUCCUUAAGUUCAAGAUUAGACCUCCAGGUGCAUAAGAUGGAUAAGACUUGGCACUGACAAGUAUUUAAGCAUGCUGGUAUUUGUGCAACGGCUCUUCCCACAUAGACUUUGGAAAGAGUGAUGCGUGUGCUUGUGUGACUGCAAUUAUUCAUGAAGUGAUACAAAUGUGUGUUGAAAGCAAAGUGGCCUGUUUUAAACAGAUUUUUGAAGGCGUCUUCAGUCUUCACGUGAAUAAAUGUCCUGGUUUAUUUGUUUGAGGGUGCAAUCAGUAAUAUCUGAGAGAUAUCUUUGGGUUCUGUUUGAGCAAGCACAAUGGCUUAACCAACAAAUUGAGGAGGAUAAAAGACUCGACAUAGACAUUCCAGAAAUGAACUAAAUUCAGAGUAUUUUUCUUGCGGAAUUUCUGUGCAGGAUUCUGACCUGGUCAUGUGCAUGUAACAGUUUUGUCUGUGUUUCACCAAAGAUGUUGAUAAAAAAGUGGUAUUACAAACAAUACCACAUAAAUUUUGCAACAGGGCCUAGACAUGUGAUAGCUAUUUUCUGCUAUAUACAGAAACAUAAAAAGGAGGAAAACUGGAAAUAGCCUUAUUUAUUUAUUUUUUUUUUAUUGCUUUGAGUAUGUAUGUUGACCUUUGGAUAGCAACAUCAUAAAUGUCAUGAGAAUGUAGUAAGUUAUCAUUCCUGCUUCUGCCACGUGUGCAGUUUAAGUACGCUUUGCACCUUUGCAUUUUCCGUUCUACACAAACACUGAUCCUGCUUACUUAAAUUAAGCAGUUUGAGUGGCCUCAGGGGCCUGGGGGCAUAGAUGGAAACAGUCCGAGAAAAGGUGGAAGACAGAACUUCAGAAUCCAUGUCUUCAGCGUUUGAGAAAAUCAGUUUAUCCUGCUUUAUGCAUCUUAGUUUUAUAUUAAGUUGAGGACUCUGUCCUCCCAGUCCCUCUUUCUCCCUCCCCUUGCAUUAGAAUAUAGGUACAUUAUCAUCAAAUAUCUCCAUGAUUUUUAUUCUUUGAAAUAUUCUGGAAGUCAGUUGUUACAUAGUAUCAAGAAAGCUUACCUCACCUUUUUUGUGUACUUGCAUGCCCAGUAAGCAGGACUUGCCAGUGGGAAGUUCAGCUUCAGGCCAGAUCACCAUAUUUAAUAAAACUAGCACUGGCAUUUAUUUUCCCUUAUCACUAGCUAUCGUAACAAGAUCAAGACAUGGAUGAGUACUUUUUUUGCCAGCUGCAGUUUUGGUGAUGGAAGUUGAUGUUGCUAUUAACAAACUAAAUUAUGAGAUUUUAAAACACUGCCACAGACAAGGAUUUUUAAGUAUGUGUGUGUGUGUGGCGGGGGGGAACAGGUGGGUGUGUAAGAAGUGUGUUACAAGUGUUUUUAAGUACUUGAAUAUGCUGCAGCAUUCAAAACAUUCAAAUAUUUGCAGCAUUGUGCUUAUAUUUUUGCCUGGAUGUUCUUGAGAAGGAUGUGAUUUAAACAGUGUAAAAUAUUCUGUGUUGAUCUGAUGUUGCUGUUAUGUGAGAUGUUUCCUCACAAACUGACAUUAUUUUUCCAUGUUGCCAAUGAGGUAAACCUUAACAUCACUGCCAAAAUAAGUGUAUUUUAAUGACAGGGUGUGAGAAAUAGGUCCAUUGUUGUUUGUUCUUUUGACUGUGCAUGUACAUUUGAGAUAGAUAAGAUUAGAAAAACAUUUCCAUUAAAAAUAUACACAUGCAUAUCAAGGAUAUGAGCUGAUGUUGCAGAAUCUCAGGGUCUUUUGGCGGGGUCAUGAAGCCAUGACUCCAUUUUCAUCACAAAAGUUUACUUAUGCGAACAUAUCUGCACCAGCAUUGAUUCCACUCUCUGACUACCAAAAGAAAGAGGUGUAUGGGUUGAACUCAGGUGCAUCUAUCAGCAACAAAAGUCUUAGUUCAAUACCUGUAUCAGAUGUCCACAUUUUGAAAAAAAUGGCGUGAUGCUUAAGAAGACUCAAAUCAGCAGCUCAUUUGUCAAGAAUAGAAGAGGAUGUUUCCUUCUAACAAGCUUUCCUAUUCCCUCCCGCCUCCUGGGGACACUUGCUACCAUUGUCGUGAUCAUUCUUCAUUGCUUUGUCACGCAAAAUAUGUUCAUUUUGUAAUGUCCCUGCUACAUUCAUGAAGUAGAAGUCUACAAGUUUGCUUUAGCACUUUCGAAAAUUUUGCGUAAUCAGGACAAACAGCAAUACUUCAUGUAUUGAUUGAAGGAAUAAUAAUUUUGAUGGGGUACGUUAUCAUUGAAAUCUCUUAAAACUCAUAACAAUCUGGGGAUUUAUAUGUGCUUGCAUCUUUGCAUGAGUGUACACAAACACUGAACAGAAUUCAGUUGUUUUUUUUCUUUGAGCAGAUUUUGCUCAAGAUGCAGAGGCUGAGUGGAGCAUUCUUGUUUAUGGUUGUGGGUAUACCCUGGGUAUCAAUAUGAUAAUGCUUUAUUCCCCCCUUUGAAUACAAAGCAACUCUGUACAUGAGUUCACAUAUAUGGACUUGUAGAUUGUGAACCACUUUAUUAUGGACACAUCUAAGCAUAAAGAAAUGUAUGCAUGCACAAAAAAGACAACCAAAAAUCCUGCCCCUCCCCCGCCUUUGAUGAGCAAAUUAAUAAUCAGUGCCCUAUAGUAGCUUCAGUAGACAAGAUUGUUACUUGUAGGUGUAGUAAGUGUCAUCAUUAUAGUCAUUUUGCCAUUCCAGUGAGCAUUGUUUGACUGCAGCUUUUAGUAUAUUGCUAUCUGUGCUAGGUGUUCAGUCACAUGUUAGUGGUGUGUUUGUAAAACACUUGCUUUUGUCAUCAGCUAUUUUGUUACAAAGGACUGAGUCUGUAACUGUGUGCACAUUUAUGCUGCAGAAAUUAGAGAUUUUUGUGUUCAGAUAGAUAAGAGAGAUAAGAGACUAGAAACUGACCUCCCCACUGAAGAUUGUUGAAAAUGGCAACUUGUUCCUUAUUAAUGUUACAUGGUGCUUUAAUCUUAAUAAUACUAAUUAUUAUUAUAAUAUUUGUUUAAAGCAUGUUUCCUUUGUUAAAAAGCUGUAACUUUGGUAGUAGUGAUUGUAAAAUUUUACAAUCGAAUCUUCAUUGUGACAAGACUAUUUUUACUCCCUUACAGCUUAAUGGCCAACUCAAGUGCAAAAUAAUUUUCAGAUGUGUGUAUAAUAAUAAGAAGCAAACCCUUAAAAUCAGAGCAAAAUACUGUUCACAAGAUCCAGUCUCACCUGGAUCAUGGAAACAAGACCUUACCUCCCACAGUGUAACAAAAGCAGACUAACUAGAUAAUGCCUUAGCGCUCUGUUGUCUGUCCUCUUCAUUGACAUUGCAAUCAGGUCAGUCCAUGAGUAUGUGCUUUUAAAAAAAAUUCCAAAUUUUUUGGGGGGAAAUUUAAAGAUGAUGCUGUGUCCUGUUUACCUGAAUGUUGUGACCAUAAUUUCAGGUUUGGCUCAGGAUGAGAUUUAAUUAUUUUUUGUUGUUGUUGAGAAGUGCCCAGAAUCAUAAAACAAGAGAACAUGGCCCUACUGUGAGGCCUGUCAUGUUUGUACCAGUUUGUUUCACAGUAUUUGUCAACUGGGGAGAUCUAACUUCUGUUUAGUCUGUAAGGCGGCUGAAAGUUGAUGAAUUUGUGCUGGGAGUGUUUAGUGUAUACAAAUAUAAAAAUAUAAAAUGUUGCACAGUUAAGACAUAUUUGAUUUGCAUGUAACAAAUGAUGCAAGACUGUCUCAUUUUGCUGUCGAUGCAAAGAUGAUGUCAUUGAUUAGCUUAUUUGCAGAAGGGAAUCCAGUUUCACUGGGCUGUAUUUGAAUUUUAGAUUAACGUCACAUUAUUUUAUACAUCUUUCAAAAUUGCUAAUAAAGCUAAACUGUUUUUCUAAAGAAAACUGAUUAGUCUAAUAUGAUUUUUUUUUCACAUUCAGCAAUACAGUGACACUAACUUGUCAUUCUGAGCAGUGAAUGUGGAAUGUAAUGCCACACUAGCAACUUAGCUGAUACUAGAGUGAUAACAUUAAGGCAGCAACAUGGUACAAAUUCUAGCCAUGUGCAUGCGUGUAGGAACAAUGUUUAGUGGGAAAAACAAUAUUGAUAGCUAUUUCUUUGUGGAAUAUUUUAAAACAAAUUCUUGCCAGCAACAACUGCACAUAACUCCUUAAAAUUCUGCCACUUUUUAAAACCCAAGUUAUUUUUGUAAAGCUCAUAAGAUGGUGACAUUUGUUUUUAUUAUUGUAAACUUUUUUUCUUUUAACAUGAAACUUUAGAGAUUUUUAUGAUGUUAAUAUCCAUGUCAUGGACUGCAUGUUCUUUAGCAUUGUGAUGUUUUUACAGGUCACUCCAGGUUGAUUUGUGUCACUAUGACUUAACAGACAUUGAUACACUAGCCCUUUUUAAAAAUCCUUAUAAUUUGAGAAGUUUUAUCAAAAGGGUUAUGAUGUUUCCACACGCAUAUAUAUAUACAAUUUCUUUUUAUAAAAAUAUAUUUUGUCACAUAGAAUUUGCCAUAAUUGUUUCAAGAUUAUCUGAUUUUAGCAGUUUAGUAUUAGUACACAAUAUGGACAAAGAGCAGGUGUAGUGUUGUAAGAGAAAACUGCAGCUCUGCACAUCUGAGAUGUGUAGGAACUUUGAGGAUUUGGGGAGAUUUUGUAGUUACCUGCAACAAUCCACUGAACAAAUGAUCUUAUAAUGGAUCCUCGCUUUCAUUGCAAUAUCCCUGACAAUGAAGAUGCUGAUAGACUGGCAGGAGGGAGGAAGGCUGGUCCAAGAGUCUCCCCAGGCUAAGACAAUACAACCAAUCACUAAUUUGGUGAGCAGCAGAGAACAUAAAAAUGACCAAAGAAUUAAGGUUUUGCUAAAGUGCUCCAUCAUUUGUACAUCACAACAGGGCCAACUGCAGUGUGCUUUUCAUGGCAGUGCAAAAUUUGCAGUCUUUGCAAGCAGAAUUACUCUACCUGGAUACAAAUGUUCCUUACCAAAUAUUCUGCUGAAUUGGCAAUACCCUCACUGCCACAUGUGCAUUAUAAUAGCAUGGUUGAAGUAAAUGGCAUCCUACAGGGGAAAAACAAGUUCUUGGGUUUUUGUUUUUUUUCAAUGUCCCAAAUAAAUGGCUUUCUAAUUAAUUCCAGACAACUGGUAUGUUGAAUGUGUACCACAUUUGUGUCCAGUGUUUAAAUCUUAUUCAUUAAUGUCUAGGGAGACUGUUUCUGAAUGUUAGAAAGUAGUCUGUUAAGUGCGUCAAAAUAUUUCAUGGAUAUUAUAAAAAGGCAUUUACAUUGCCUUAGUUUGACUGACUGCUGAAGCAGUGGUGAAAUAUUUUCAUGCCUUUCAGUUUCUAGCCAACUGCCCUUCAUGUCUCAGGUGAAACUGGAAAUUAAAAAAAAUUUGUAAGAACUUUAAUGUCAGGUGAUUACAAGCCAUGUUCCUUCUGGGGAUGUACACUUUUAGCUUUCACUGAAGCUCACGAAAUAAUUCAUAUGAAAUCAGUUGUCCUUGUUAUACUUUGCAAGCAUUUUGGAAUCAACGAGGUGUACAGCAUUCGUUCAUGAGUGUGAAGCUUAAGUGUGAAUUUGCCCGGUAGUGUUUGUACCAACAGGCACUUAAAUUAUCUUUUGUCUCAUCAGAAUUUGCAUUUUCUGCUGAUUGGACUGUCAGACUGGUAUCCGUUUCUGUGCCGUGAACAAGGCUGUGGAAAACUC